GUCAAGAGUGCAGCUCAGCGGAGAGCAGACACAGCUUCCUGGAUGGAAACAAAACACAAGAGCAGAGCAGACACACACCAACACACCCACAGACAGACCAGACAGAGCGAGCAGGACGUUAAACCUAAACAUGUUUUUGGUUUUGUUUUAAGCUCGGUGCGUGUGUGAGGGAGGCGGCAGCGGGGCGACAGUGGAAUUAGGCGGUGACAGCAGAGGUUAUUAUAACAGCAGACUGUAUCAACACAUGUGCCUGUGGCACAGUGAGAGCACUGCGGCUGUGGAUCUGGACUCAGGCAGCUCCUACACCCAGUGGUCCUCAGGCAAGGAAUAUGGAGGCUGUAGCUCCUCUCCGUCCCCAACAGAAGGGCUAGGAUCAGCCUGAUUCCUCCUUCCCCACCUGUCUCGCCCCGCCAUGGCGAGCAGGAGUCCCACCCUGAGCCGGGAAGCUGGGGACUCGGCACCAAGGACCCCUGAGGCCGGCGCUAACCCCCAGCUGGGGCCCGAGGCCUUCUGCAAGCUGUGCCUCAGCGAGCAGCCGUCAGCAGCCACCAGGGAACUGCAGAGCUGCGAUUGUGUCUUCUGCACAGCGUGUUUGGAGCAGUAUGUUCAGCUUGCCAUCAUGGAGGGUGGGGGAGCACCCAUCACCUGCCCUGAUAUGGCCUGCCAAAAGACCGGAGUGCUACUGGACUCCGAGAUUGCUAGUUUGGCCCUAGAAGAGCAGGUGAAGCUGUAUCAGCGUCUGAAGUUUGAGAGAGGGGUGAAGUUGGACCCCAGUAAAGCCUGGUGCCCGGUACUUGAAUGUCAGGCGGUCUGCAGUUUGCAGCUGAGCACUGAGGGCCAGCCCACCGCUGUGCCCUGCCCGACCUGUCACACCGUCUUCUGCUCCGGGUGCAGAGGGCCCUGGCAGGACGGCCAUACCUGCCCUGAGCGCCAGCCCAUGAUGUCGCCCUCACCGUCUCAUGAAAGCAGGGCUCGCUCCAACAGCGACUCUGAUAUGCCCAUCAAACAGUGUCCCAUGUGUGGUAUCUACAUUGAGAGGAACCAGGGCUGUGCACAGAUGCUGUGUAAGAGCUGCAAACACACCUUCUGCUGGUACUGUCUGCAGAAUCUAGACGGUGAUAUCUUCCUGCGGCAUUAUGAUAAGGGACCGUGCAGAAACAAGCUGGGACACUCCAGGGCCUCGGUUAUGUGGAACAGAACACAGGUUGUGGGCAUCCUGGUGGGGGUCAGCAUCAUCGUGCUGGUGACGUCUCCGCUCCUCCUGCUGGCCUCGCCGUGCAUCCUGUGCUGUGUCUGCAAGCCCUGCAGCGGGAAGAAGAAGAAAAAGAAGAAGAAGAAGGACCUCAGCCAGCCGGACUCCUCCACAUCAUAGCAGCUCCCCUUCUCAUCAGCCCAGCCCAGGAUCACUCCACUAAUCUCACAAAGCCCCAGGAAACCAAGAGAGUGCAAGCGCUGCAUGUUUGGAGUAACACUGAAGUACUUUUUCAGGACUCGACAGACUGGAAGCCUUGUUAAUGGUUCAGUGACAUUGUCGAGAUCAACAAGCGCAGACUUGCAUCUUAAAGCUUGGGGAAAGAGCUGCUCAAAUCUUACUCUUUAAUCACAAGAGUAUGUACUUUAUGAGGUGGAAGUGUAAAUACGAGGAGAAUGAAUGUAACUGGCCUAGUUGUUUUCAGAUGCACAACAGGUAGACAAGGAGACAGUGGUGGCCAUAAGAGUUUUCCUUGACAGGGCUUUUGUUAUCUCUUUCUUUCUCUUACACACACAAACACACACUCACACACACACAUGCGGUUCAAAGUGCAACGCCACCCUCAUGUGCCAAAUGUCAUGAUGCCAAACCAGAGGUGUUAGGUGCUUAAGUGCCUCACUCUACAGUGCCUGGUGCUUGGUUGUAUUUGUUUUGCCUUCCAUUCUAUCUUUAUCUUAUGCAAAAAUUUUAGCAUUAUGAAAAUGGACAACCGUCAGGAUCACACAGGGUUAUAAAUCCCUAAACAAUGCAAAACAUCCUUUCAUAGUGGGAGAAGGCAAACGGCGUCAUGUGUGCACUGUAUAUUCUGUGCUGAUAUAAAAUAUGAUAGGGCUUUAGUGGUGCACAGAUAACUUUUCUUCUGCAAAUGUUUGUUGUUUCCACCUGGCAUAUUGUUCCAGACCAAAGGCUCUAAAGGAUAAUGUGUACUUUUCUAAAGUGUGUUGAUGUGUAAUUUAUGGGUUAUGUGUGUAUGGUAUCCUGUUAUCAUUUCUACAUUUCUGUUGAUGUUUCUGCGUCAGACAUUUUAUAAAAGCGCCAUUGUAAUUGAAAUAAACAUACUGUACUGAA